UAUGGGUUGUUGUUUCACAAAGAAAAAGACUAAAGAAACUGCUGAGAGCGGUAAUAAAUCGCCCAAACCCCUUAAGCCUAUAAUUGUUAAGGAAAAGGAGAAUAAGGAUCCUAGUAAAACCGAUGAUAAAAAAGAGAAUAAUCAAGAAAAUACGAUAAUAGUAAACACUUACGAAAACGAUGAGCCUGAUAAAGUAAAUUUGAGUGUUCUAGUAUCGGAAGAGAGCGAAUUAAAGACUGAACAGACGACUACUAUAUUAGAUGAAGACGAUGACAGAUAUAAGACUAUGGGAAAAGUAGGGUCUAGGGAAUCUAUCGUCUAA